GCGUCUUUCAAACACAUACAGGGAAUAAUUACAGCAGAGCAGACAGAAGAGUCAUGGGUGACUUUAUAGGAUAGUGUCAGCUCAGUCACACUGAUAUUGUCCUGACAAAGGCUGCACUCAUCAUGGAGAAUGAUUUCUUGACAUGAAAACAUGAAGAAUCUUCCUCUGAUGUGCCGCCCAGCAACACUGGAUCUCGUUGACUCACAGUCAGUACUAUGUGGAAGCUUCUCUGUUCAGUGCAAUUAAUGUUAACUUGAGGAGCAACAGCCAUAAAAGGAAUGGAAAUAUCCAAGAAUGUCUUGGUCAUCUUGGCCCUUGCAGUGACACUUAUUUUGGAAACAAGGACAUUCGAUGAAUAUUCAAGAAUCGCUUUACCGGAAAAUCAUGAUGAACACUUUCUACCUCACACCCGGCAGAGAAGGGAAGCACUUUCAGACCAAAGGAAUUACACUGUUGAUAUUAUAGUGAAUGUGUCUGAUGCAGCAGCAUACCAGAAAAUUCUGUUUGCUUUGAACGCUACUAGUUUUCCCAUUCACCUCAGUAACAACACAGAAAUCACUGAGACUAGCAUCACAACAGUUUGUUUCUCAACCGGCUCCGGCUUCAAGUGUAAUUGUGCGAAACAGUUUGCUUGGUCUUACAACAGCUGUGUUACAUAUGGAGCCUGUGAUUCCAUAUCCAGUGGUAUUUGUAAAUGCAUCAAUGCCAUUCCACCUGAUGGCCAGUCCUGCCGGCCAAUAUCAGAGCUGCUUGCUCAGGUUGAAUAUGAAGUUGAAGUGGAGCUGAAUGUAACAGAUAUCGAAACACUGAACCACCUCAGGAGCCUAUUGAUCAAUGGCAGCUAUUUUCUGGCUUUGAGUCCCAUUGUGAACAUCACACACAUUAACAUCACUACAGUUUGCUCUAUGAGCAACGAUGGUUUCCAGUGCAGAUGUGAGGAUCAGUAUCGCUGGUCAUGUGACCAGUGUCUAAAGUACGGAUCCUGUGACAACAUCACUGAUGACACAUGUGGAUGCAUCAAUGCCUUUUUUCCUGAUAGACUGUACUGCCAGUCUGUGUAUCAGCACAACUUUACAACUUGUCCUCUCACAACUCCGCCACCAACAACUCCUCCAAUUGUCUUUGAAUUCCUGAUUUCUGUUGAGCUGAACACCACAGAUGUCACACUGAUCGAUCGACUGAGGAACAUUCUAAACUCCACCAGGUACCCCAUCAUCCUCAAUGAACAAGUACAACUGUCUGACGUCAAUUUUACUACAGUUUGCUCUAUGAGCAACGAUGGUUUCCAAUGCAGAUGUGAGGAUCAGUAUCGCUGGUCAUGUGACCAGUGUCUAAAGUACGGAUCCUGUGACAACAUCACUGAUGACACAUGUGGAUGCAUCAAUGCCUUUUUUCCUGAUGGACUGUACUGCCAGUCUGUGUAUCAGCACAACUUUACAGCUUGUCCUCUCACAACAACUCCACCACCAACAACUCCUCCAGUUGUUAAUGAAUACCUGAUUACUGUUGAGCUGAACACCACAGAUAUCAUAGUAGUAGAGACACUGAGGACCAUUCUGAGCAACAUCAGUUACUCCAUCAUCAUCAGCGACCAGAUACAGGUAUCUGACAUCAACUUUACUACAGCUUGUUACCCCAAUGGUUCAACAUACCAGUGCAGAUGUGAAGAACCGUACAGCUGGCCUUGUCAUUUGUGCUCCACUUCUGGCAAAUGCAACGAUGUAUUUGAAAAUACUUGUGGAUGCAUCAACACUAUUCCUCCAGGUGGAGUUUACUGCCAGCUGCUGACAGAAAUUUGUCCAUCACCACCUCUUCCAACUGCUACUCUUGGGCCCAUCCAAAGUACCACAACUACCUCAUCAACUACCCCUACCCGAAUUCCAACCACCAGCGUUCCAACUGCUGCUCCCACCAGUCCAACUCCUCUCCCCACCACUACCACCAAUCCAGCCACCAGCCCGACUCCUGUCACCACCACAACCAUUGCCACACCUGCAACGACCCCACCUACAGUAAUUAAUGUGACGAUGUCAGUCAGAUUAGACUUGGAGUUCACUGAAGACUUGACAGACAAAUCAACUCCUGCAUACAAAGAGCUUGAAUCAGGGAUUAAUUCAGUGUUACAGGAGCAGUAUAACAGCAUCAGUGGGGUUCGUAGAGCUUUUGUGACGGGAUUCAGACCAGGAAGUGUCAUUACAGAUUUUGUAGUUCAGGCAAUAGAGGUGAAUGCGCGUGAAAUAGCUGAAGCAAAUAACAACCUCCCAAGUGCCAUGGAGUCGUUGAUUGCCCCAGUUCUUGGUUCAGUUGUUGCACAGUACACAAGUCCAACUUCACUCCGCAUUCCAGACCACAUUUAUACUGGUCAAACAGUGAUGCUGACAUGUGGCCCCCCCGACAUUGAUGUGGGAACAAUUUCUGGUUCUGUGUGGAAAUUUGAAGGGCUGGCAAUUAGUUCUGAUAGAAUUAUAGCAACAACAGCUGGCAGUCAGUCCACUCUUAUGGUCAACAACAUCAUUCCUGCUGAUGCUGGACUUUAUGAAUGUACAAUGGAGGGCACAGAUUUGCGUUUUGUCCAAACGGGAAAAGUGACCAAAAUCAUAGAAGCUCCCAUUGUGCGACUUCAGAGUAAAGUUUCUGUUAAAUGUGAAGAGGGAGAUGUACCACUUCAGUGUUGUGUGCAGUCCCCCUACACAGUACGCUGGUUUGACGGUAUAAACAACUUAGCAUCAAGUCCUACUGAAGAAGCCGAAUGCAUCCAGCACAAUUAUCAAAUAGAAAACUGCAACAGUUCACAGACAAGAGAAGAAAUUUUCACAUGUAGGGUUAAUGAACUAGAGGGCUAUGACCAGACAACAACUCUGACCGUUUUCAUCGAAUCUGUUGAAUGUAACAACACUCAAUAUGGGACUGGACGAGAAGGUGACACAGCGAGCGCAAGGUGUGAUGCAGGUCAAGAGGGGGAAAAGAUAGCACGAUGUCAGAAUCGACAGUGGAGACUUGUGCAAGACACCUGCAUUUUAGUACAAAUCAGGUUGUUACUAAUUGGUUCGCAGGACUUGGCUUUGGAAACAGUGCCAGAAUUUGUUGGGAAUCUUAGUGCAGCUGUCAGGACAGAAGCAGCAGUAAUUCCCAGUUCACCUGCUACAAUAUCCGCUAUUGUUGACAUCUUAAAUAACAUUGCGAAUCUAACCACUGUUGUCAAUGAAAAUGUCAUGGAGGAUUUACUAGAAACUGUUGAUGUCAUCAUUGGUGAUGAUUCAAGAGAGUCCUGGUUGUUUCUGAAUUCAAAUCAAACCAACAAUGCCAGCUCAGGACUGUUGGGUUCACUGGAGACGCUCUCCAAUGGACUGAAUGGGACGUUUAUAAUCGAGACUCAACGGAUCCAACUCAACAGAACUAUGUUCACUGACUCUUUCAAUGCAAUGCUGAACUCCAGCGUUGCCAUAAAUAUUCCAAAUACCAACUUUUCCAAUGUGUUCAUCACCACCAUCAUUCUGUCCACGUUUAAUAAUGUUAUGCCAGUAAGGAACUCCUCAUUUGAUGUCAGCCUCUUGAACGCUACCACCAAUGAGACUGUCCCUGACAAUGCCAUCAAUGCGGCUGUGUUACUUGUAAAAAUAACUGAAUCAAUUUCAAACGUCACCCUGAGCUACAACAAGCUAAACGAAUCCCUAUCACUGAACCCACAGUGCGUCUUCUGGAAUUUUACAUUUUUUGAUGGCCUCGGUGCUUGGGAUGAUGAGGGAUGUACGUUUGUUUCCGACAUAAACAAUACGGUAACCUGCAGCUGCAACCACCUGACAUCCUUCUCAAUUCUGAUGGCAACUGACAUCCCUCCGUCGAUAAGAUCAGACUUGGAAAAAAUCACUUAUGCUGGAGUUGGGAUAUCUCUGGCAAGCUUAGUUAUAUGUCUUAUUAUUGAAGGAUACGUUUGGAAGGAAAUCACCAGAAACAGCACUGCUUUCAUGCGUCACGUGUCCAUCAUUAACACCGCCCUGUCUCUGCUGAUCGCUAACAUCUGUUUCAUGAUUGGUGCUUCUAUAGCUAAGAACCCCCUCGAAGAUGAUGAAGAUGACUACACUGUUCCAGUUGGACCAUGUAGCACGGCAACAUUUUUCAUGCACUUUUUCUACCUUGCUCUGUUCUUUUGGAUGCUUGUGUCAGGCCUGCUGCUCUUUUACAGGACAGUUAUGGUCUUUUCCCACAUGUCAAAGUCAACCAUGUUGGCCAUCGGCCUCAUUUUGGGUUACGGCUGCCCUCUGAUUAUAGCUGUUAUUACUGUUGCCGUCACAGCACCAGGAAACGGAUACAUAAGGAAAAACAAUGCUUGUUGGCUCAACUGGUUUGAGACAAAAGCCCUGUUGGCCAUGGUGAUACCUGCCUUGACCAUAGUUUUUAUUAAUAUUUUGAUCGUAAUCGUGGUCUUGUUCAAAAUGCUGAGAAGGGGUAUGGGAGACACUGCCCAAACAGAUGGAAAGCAUACCAUGGUGGUCAUUAUAAGAUGUGUAGCCAUCUUGACUCCUUUGUUUGGACUCACCUGGUCUUUGGGAGUGGGAACCAUGAUAUCGCCAACAAAUGCCGGAAUCCAUAUUGCCUUUGCAUUCUUCAAUUCGUUGCAGGGUUUCUUCAUUCUUGUGUUUGGAACAUUAAUGGAUUCAAAGAUCCGUGCUAUUCUCUCAAAAAGCAUGCCUAGACCAGCCUCUGGAUCUAAUCAAACAAGAAGCACAAGUGGUGGCAUUUCGUCUUUCAGUGGGAUGAAUUUGAUCAACCGACUCCGUGGAAGAAAAAAUGUCUACCGUGUUUCAAAUGCUACAAACUCCAGCAACAACAACAGCAGUGCAUCAGAGACAUUUAUUAACGUGCAUGAGUAGUGGCUCAAUAAUCAUCAUUAAUUCUGCUAUAAAAACAGCCCAGAAGAAGGAAAGCAAGUGUAAUAUAUCUGAAAUGAAAAGUGCAGUGAAACAAUCUUGUGAAUGAAACUGAAAUAGUGUUUUUGAGAGCUGCCACUUGAAGCAGUGUUUUGUAAUGUUGCACAAUGGCCAGAACAGUUAGUAAAGAGCCUGUUAGAAGGCUACAACUUGUAAAAACUAUUGUCUGACUGCAGUUUCAUGACUACAUGUGUAAAGUGUUACCAUUAUUUAAAAGCGAAGUCUUUAUGGUGUACUUUUAAAUUGUGUUGCAUUAAGAAACCUUGUUUUAUUUAAUACCAUUGUACUGGUUAAGUGUAGCGUGUGUCGCAAAAUUGUUGCAGAAAUUAGCCUCAUACUGCACCAAACAAUGUAGAUAAAAGUUUAGGCUGCAACAUACCUAAUGGUAGAAACUACCCUUUAUGAUUUAAAUUGUGCUUGUUAAUUUAGGGUUUCUAAAUUUCCUCAGCUUGUCUGAGAAAACUAUCAAUUUAGACUAAGUCUCAAAGAGACUUUGAUGAAAAAGAAUUUGAUCAGUCUCAUUAUGAAAGUCGUAAACUCUGAUUUCAUUGACUUCCAGUUCCCAAAACAAAGAAAUACAUGGUAGAACCGCUGAUAAUUAUAUCCAAACAUUUAUUAACUACUACUACAAACAAACAAUAAACAACAAUAGACAGUGAAUAAAUGAAUGAAUAAAUGCAGAUAAACUAGUGAACUGUGAUCGUCACUGGAAGCAGCUGGUAGAAAAGGUGAUGAAUUUAGAAUGACUUUGAAAAUUGGAAAACCAAUUGUAAUUUAUAAAUUCACCCGUUUUGCAGAAGGAAAAUGAUACUUGCGGAGCCUUUGUAGUAGCCAGAGGGAGGCUGCUGCAGGAUGUGGAGCUGUGAUGAUCUGCUGGAUGAGACCAGCACCAACCAUGAAACCACUCAGUCAAAGCCCAUAGUUAUCAAGAAAAUAUUUGUGCUGUUGUAGUUUUUAAGCAAUUCUUAAGCCAGUUGUGUUCUUCUAAGAGCCAAUUUUUCCCCUCUGUAGUUCCUUACUAUAUUUCCUUUAAAUUGGGGCCAAGGGUGGCUCGACUCAGGGGGCUCAGUCUCUGGGUCCAUAGUGAAUGUUGUUGUUCAAAUCACACUGCCAUUUCCAAAUGCACGCUCUGCUGUCAUUGGAGGCCGGGAUAGCAGUAGCUACCUGACUGGUUUAAACUUCAGAGGCAGAAACGCAACCAAUAUUUUUUUGUGAAGACAACAUUUUGGUGAGUGAUCAUUCAACCAUGAAAUGUAACGAGGUGCAUUUUGGAAAUGUAGUGAAGUAGAAAGGACAGAUUAUAGCUGCAAAAUUUAAUAGAGUAAAUGUCAAAAGCAUACACUAUACUCUGUAAUUUUUACUUAAAGCACAGAUACGUGAAAAAUGUACUUAAGUACAGUAAUGAAGUGUGUGCACUCCCUUGAAUUCCAACGAAACCUCCAGAUCUGCAGUCCUUCUCUGAAGACCAGUAGCCCGCGAUGCCCCUCUUCAGCUAAACUAUUUUGGACAAAAAACAAAAGAGGUGUUAAAAUAAUGCUCUUACGUUAGUCUUGUUUAGUUUGCCAUUAACACUACAACUUUUCUGUCAAGUUGAACAGCAGGUGACAAACUUCAUGUAGACUCACUACGCAUUACACACGAUCACUAAACAUUUGCUAGCCUUCCAGCAAUAUAUAUAAAUAGCAUCAAAUGCAAAAUGAAAGAAACAUUUUAGAAUAGAGCACCACAAACUAAAGUCCAGUCAUGCUGUUGCCCUUGGGUCUGUCUCUGGACAGAUGCUAUAUUAGUCCAUGCAUACCAAUGAUUAGCGCACAAAAUUGGGGGGGGUUACACAAAAAUAUAUCAGCAACAGUGAAACACUUUACCACAAUGGAAUGAAUUAAGACUAAGGAGGGGAUGCCUCUCCAAAAGUUCCCAUUUAUGCAGCUGAAAAAAAAGUUGACGCAAAAUUGUGUACAUAAAUAGAAGUUGAAUUACUAGUACUAUAAACAGUGUAAGAACAACAAUGUUUAAAAAUGUUUAGUUUUUGCUGGUAAACUAACCUUAACCUUCAUACUAUUACAAUUUGUAUAUACCAUAACUUUUCUUUUUUAAAAGUUAGAUAAUUCUAUAAUAAGAAAUCAAUGUUAAUUGUCAAGUAGAUUUAUUUCGAGUUAUUGUGUUAUUGUACUUUAUACACGAGACAGCUUGCUGGCAUUGCAGAAUAAAAAGUGAAAGGGGUGAGAAUAUAUAAAGUGUAGACUUUUA